AUGGGGAUUCAUAUUUAUAUUAUAUAUUUACUUUUUAGUGCAACGGAAUUUCAAACACUUUUGGAAAAAUAUCCACCUCAAGUUUCCUCUAGAGAAACCGCAUCUCAAUGGGCUUGCGCUAUUCAUAAUAUUGUCAAUGUACGUUUAGAGAAAGAAAUAUUCGAUUGUAGCCUAAUCGCUGAUAAAUACAAGUGCGGGUGCGAUGAUGAAAAAGCUAAUGAAAUAGAUGACUUUACUAUUGAUUCUACUGUGAAUCCUACUACUAUUCCUACAGAC